AUGAGUCCGAACAAGGAAGAGAAGAGAAAGACACCCAACAAGCCCACAACUCCAAAGAAUUCUCCGACGAAGGAUCAAUCCCAGAAACUGACGGAGGAGGAUUUAAGCCGUAUGGUUUGGAUUCAAGUAUCAGAGGAAGGAUUCGACUCAGACGACGGAUACUUACCGCCGUAUACCAUGUGCCUGGAUCUAGAAAACCGAAGAAAAGUAUCCGCAAUACCAACAGGGGACCUCAUAUUCCCAAAGAAUUUUAUUGAAAAUAAUUAUCAGAAGAAGAGUGAGACAGAGAAAAGUAAAGAAUCCCUCCCUUCCUUUCAAGCCAAGGAUUUGCCAAAGAGUGGUAGAUGA